UAUAGCUAUUGCAACUAACUGCCAAUGAUAGCAUCAGGACUGUCCACAUCUUGAAAUCUACUCUUGUUACAUAAGGGUACAGAACAGGAUGCUACUGGGAUGUGACACAAAGGCAGCCAAUUGUGAAAGUAUUUCCGCCAUUGCUUAAUAUAGGGUGCUUAGACUCUGCCCGUGUUGUACUUUUCUACAGCACCUUGCUGAAGAUAUGACACAUUUACCUGAUCUUCCAAUGACUAAGGAGUUAUAACAUCUCACUCUGGGUUUGAGAACCAGGUGCAUCAUGGCAAUUCCCACCGAGCUGCAGGACUGUGGACUUGACCUGAAGAAAGUCAAGCUAGUGAUAACAUGCCUCUACUUUGUUUUGUUUGUUCCCGCGCUACUCCUGAACAUCACGGCGGCCUGGAUCUCCUGGAGCCUGAAGACCAAGUCCUCCUUCGUCGUGUACCUGAAGAGCCUCGUGGCCGCCGACCUUCUCAUGACCCUGACCAUCCCUCUGAAGGCCGGCAGCGAGUUUCCAUAUGCGCCACACUGGUUGCGUGCCUUCGCCUGCCAGUUCAGCAGUGUGGUGUUCUACCUCUGCAUGUAUAUGAGCAUGAUUCAGAUGGGCCUGAUCAGCCUCGACCGAUUCUUCAAGAUCGUCAAACCUGGCGGGAGACGCCUCGGCCACAGUGCCCUGCUGGGCAAGGUUGUCGUCGUCGUCAUCUGGGUUCUCUAUCUCAGUGUGAACACCGUGCCCACCAUGGUGCUCACUAACGAGAAACCGGAAAACAACACAGCUGAGCUGUGCAUGGCUAUGAAGAAUGACCUGGGGAAAGCGUACCACAAGGCCAUAGUCAUCGAGUGCAAUGUGAUUUUUCUUGUGGUGCUGCUCCUGAUUGGUGUCUGCUACACCUGCAUCACAAAAAAGGUCAUCGAGUCGUACCGGAAGUCUGGCAGCACCAAUGCGGAGGGAAAUAAAAAGAUCAAAGCCAGAGUUUUCAUCGUUCUGUUUGUGUUCUUGGUGUGCUUUACCCCCUACCACAUCACCCGUUUCCCUUACGUGGAGCGUCAGGUGGAGAACAAGAUCAACUGCAACUGGGCUUCUCUCAAAGUGGCCAAAAGUUUCACUCUCUGGCUCUCUAGUACCAAUGUAUGUAUGGAUCCCUUCAUCUACAUUUUGCUGUGUAAAGACUUUCGGGAGAAGUUGUAUGAGCUCAGAAUAUUUAGACAUUGGUUUGCCACCAAGAGCCUGGAAAACACGGAUGACUCAUCUGUUUCAAAGGGGUGAAGUCAUAACUCUAUCAUAUAUUAUGAUAUUUAUUUUUCAGUUACUGUUAAUGUACAAUGUAAAAUUCUAUUCUAAAUGUGUUUUAUAUAUAUGUAAAGUUUUUUUGGUCUGUUAAUUUCACAAAUCUUUGUUGUGGUUUCCACAUGCCUGACUGAGAGGAAAGAAAGCUGUCAUUUAUGUAAAUACUUUGUAUAAAGUGUGGUUGCUCUUGAAACAACAGUGAGUGUGUGUUUGACUGAAUCAUCUAACAGAAAAAAGAAAAUAUUCGUACACUGAAAUCACUAAAAUAUGGGGUAACACUCUAUUUUAGGUUUUACAUGUUAGCAAUAUGCAUAACUGCCUGUGAAAGUGACUUAUAAAUCAUGUGUUGAGCAAAGAUGAUCAUUUGCGUGUAUUCACAAAUUUCUUGUUCACAGCCAAUAAGGCCUAGUAGGCUCUUAAC